CAGACAGAGAGAUGAGCACAUAAAAGUGGGAAGGGCAGCGGAGAGGCUCGACUAAAGUGAUAUCCCUGAGACAGGGAGACAGUCUCAAGCUGAGCGCCUUUAUUUCUUUGCGCCGAGAAGAACCAUGGAGAGCUCCAAACUGUGGACGCGGGCAAUGGCCUGCGCAGUGCUGCUGUCUAUAGUCGCGGGUGCUGAAACAAACGAAUCUGAUAUGGAUUUGGAUCUGGAUACGCGAGCCAUCAGGGACUUCUAUCCCAAAGAUCCAAACCUGACGAACGAAAAACAGCUUCUCGGAGCUCUCCACGACGUUCUGGAAAAGCUACAGGCAAAACGGAUGCCACUUUGGGAGAAGAAGUUUGGAAGAGUUCCAACGUGUGACGUCGGGGAACAGUGCGCCAUCAGAAAAGGAGCAAGAAUCGGCAAACUGUGUGACUGCCCGAGGGGGGCGUUUUGUAACUUUUUCUUGUUGAAGUGUUUGUGAAGUGUCCUCUGUUUCAAUGUCACAAUGUCAAAAAGUUGAUGUCUAUAAACACGCGCCACUCAAUGUACAAUUUCUAUGACUGACUUGAUGAUAGCCUAUACUCUAAGUGCCACCACAAAGACACGUCUCCAUAAAUACUGAUGAACAGUAUGGCUCAAGGACGCCCAUUCUGGAUGCUUCGGCUGGAUGUUUAUGUGAACGGAUAUUAUAUAUUCAAUUAAACUGUGUCAUUAUUCGUUUUGUAAA